AUGAGUAUUGUGAGACAGUCAUGCGAUUGCUGUCGUGUUCGUCGAGUGAAGUGCGACAGGAAUAGACCAUGUAAUCGCUGCCAUCAGCGCAAUUUGAAAUGCACAUAUUUACAACCGUUAAGAAAGCGAGGCCCGAAGUCCAUCGGAGAAAGCAGCUUUGAGAGAUUGGCAGAAAUGCAGAUGGUGAGUACGAAUAAUAAUAUUACGACCGCUCCGGUGGUAUGUAAGAAGGUUCCGAAGAAGCUGAUCGAUCAAUGUCUGAGACUAUAUCACGAUAGACUAUACGUUAUCUGGCCUAUGCUUUGCUACGAUGAUCUUUACAAACUUUUGGAGGAAAAGUAUGAGGACUGCAGCACUUAUUGGUUUUUAGUGUCUCUUUCGGCAGCAACGCUCAGCGAUCUGCAUACUGAAGUGGAAUAUAAAGAGGGUGUUUUUUUUACUGGAGAACAAUUAUGUACUCUCUGUAUGUUAUCGCGACGGUUUUUCGACGACCUCAGUAAUAGCGACAUAUUUCGAAUUAUGACAUACUAUUGUUUGCAUCGUUGUUAUGCACAAUUUGCCGAAACGAGAACUUCAUACAGACUUUCUUGUGAGGCUAUCGGCCUCAUCAAGAUAGCCGGAUUCCAUCGGGAAGAAACCUAUGAGUUUCUUCCGUUCGAUGAGCAACAACUCAUACGUAAGGUAUACUAUCUGCUUCUCAUGACAGAAAGAUACUAUGCCGUAUACAUUAAAUGUGUCACAAGUCUGGAUACCACUAUUUCUCCGCCGCAACCCGAGAUUGUGACUGACUCUCGACUUUCCUUAGAUAGUUUUCUUGAGGUGAUUAGGGUAUUCACUGUUCCUGGAAAAUAUUUUUAUGAUGCUUUGGCUACCAACAGUGUUAAUGAUUCCUAUACGGAAGACUCUUUAAAAAGGAUAUGGAAUGAACUUCAUACGACAUCACUUGCUAUAGAACCAUGCUCAUACGGAUACAUAGACUAUCACUUUUCUCGGCACUGGGUCAGAACGCUCGCAUGGAAACUGGUCCUACAUAAGAAAGGUAUGCGGCUAAAUUUGUUUUCAAAUACUAUUGUUACGCACAUACCAGUCGAAAUUGCUAAGGAUAUGUUACGGGAUACACUCUUAACUCCGAUCGACCUAUAUGAUGUGCACGGUCCUGGCAUACCGAUGAAGGCACUAGAAAUAGCCAAUGCAUUAAUAGAUGUCGUAAGUAAGUAUGAUCAUAAUAUGAAGUUGGAGGCUUGGAAUGUUUUGUGCGAUGUAUCUAAGUUCGUUUUUUCCCUGAAACACUGUAAUCAUAAAAUGUUUCAAAGAUUUUCAACUAAGUGCCAAAGCGCGCUAAUCGAUCUACCUAUCCCCAGACCAUUGCGACUAAGUGAUGAUUCCAAGGAUGACGCCGACAUUAUUCCUUAA